AGCCGUCCUCACAUCAGCUACGUGGGUCGCUACGUCUUUUCCUUCUAACUCCUGCAAAGCUACCGUGCUUUGUGUUGCUAUUAUUUAUUAUUUAUUAUCAUUAUCCAGCUGUGCUUCUCAUCAACGAGUUCCGUGUCACACAAAUACUUCUACGCGUAUAUAUACACGUGUGUGUGUGUGUGUGUGUGUGUGUGUGUGUGUGUGUGUGUGUGUGUUGUAGCUACUCGUUUUAUUAUUGAUUAUUCACGCCAGCUUAUCGACAGAGUAAUUCUUGUACUUUUGUUUCUAUUCCGCACCUUAUCGACGUGUCCGCCUCGCACACCCAUCUGAGAGGAGAGGAACACGACACGGACUCAUUGGCGAGCUCUCCUGCGCUUUCUGCAUUCAUUCGUGGAUUCACCUGGCGUCUUUGAGAUUCUCUUUUUAUUAUUAUUUUUCCUUCAUCACCCCUUUGAAAGAAAAGUAAUCGAAAGAAGCAAAGCCAAAAGCAAAGAAAAGAAAAAAACAUCCGAGGACACCCCCAUUUGACUUCUCUCACUGUCCAGCGAAGGGUGGCAGUGGUGCGCUGUACUGCCGUUUUUCAUUUUUGCCCGUUAACUUACCUUAGCCAACAUACACAGUUUUCUAUGCAGCUGUGGAGUUCCAUAUCCACGUACUUCCACGACUGAGAUCCCUUUUUUUUUAUGUCUUUUCGCUGGUGUUGUUGUGAGUGUUUUGCCAUCAUCAUUAUCUUCCUCUUUAUACUAAGUUGCGUUAACCCGCUCGUAUUAUUAUUAGUAGUAUUUUUUUUUUAGAGAAGGAUAAGAUGGGCUGCAAGAGUUCCAAAACAAAGAACCCGGCCAAGGCCACGGCCAAGGAGCAGAAGAAGGCCGCGAAGAAGAAGGAGGAGAAAGACGCACAAGAUGCCCCGCAGCGAACGGCACCGGUGGCGGAGAAAGCCGCCGUGACGCCCGCCGUGCCGCCCGCCGUGCCAGCCGAGCAAGAGGCGAGGGAGGCGAAGCCGCCGGAUGACGCACCGAUGCAGGAAGAGGUGCCGCUUACCGCGGUCACGGCUUCUGCGCCGCAGCAGAAUGCUGGCGCCGCCCCCGACAACACGGACGCCGCGCCUGCGGCCGAAAGAUCAGCGCCUCCUCCUGCUCCUGCUGUUGCGGACGAGGUGAGCGGUGCCGUAGAACCACAAAAAUUAGCAGGUGACGUGCCGCACGAAGGCGAACCCAAGCCGACCGCCGCGGCGGCGGAAGAUAGGAGAGAGGGAGCAACGAAGAAGGCGGACAAAGCGACGGCAACGGUGGAGCCGACGGCGAAGGCGACGACGGAGGCCCAGACGCAAACACCCUUGUCCCCGUUAUCUCCCCCGCUGACGUCGACGGGCUCCCGCUCCAGCAGCCAGCGCAUUGUCAAACCAGUUCCCAGUCGUUUCCUGAAGCCAAAGGGCGACGCCGCUGCGGCUGCGGCCACGAGCGAUUCGCUGAAGGAGGCCCAGCAAGAGGAGCGCAAAGCCACAGCGGCACCACCACCAGCAGCAGACACAGAGAAGAACGUGUCCGAGAAGGCGAGGCAGCCAAGUACGCUGGCGUCGCAGCGCGACAACGGCGACGGCGGCGCGGCGACGGUGGAGUCACUCCCCGCCUCGGAGACGCAAUUCUCGCAUCAGUCGUACAGCGAAGGCGCGGACGGCCCGGCGGGGGCGGGGGCGGAUGCGGUGAUCUACGGAGGCAGCAACGGAGACGAUGGUGACGAGGAUGACGCGGUUGAUCGCAAGCCGGCGGAACCGCUGGAGACGGCCGAGCCUUCCGCGGCAACGCAGCCGUCGCCCUCGGCGCCGUACAGCGUGGUGCCGAUACCGCACGCUCCGACGCCGUGUGGGGAGGCGGGGGAGGGGUCGGAGGAGCCGCAGCCUCGCCCCGCCCCCACGGCGCAGCCCCAACAACGGAGCCAACAACCGCAGCAUCCGGAGGUGUUCAAGGCGAUGCCGCCGUCGCCGUCGGAGAACGUGUCGACGUUGAAGGUGGCCCCCACGCAGCUGUCAUCAAGCGUCAUGCGCCGUCAGCGGUCACCGGCGUACCGCUGCCUGUCGGACGGCCGCACCCCGUCGGUUGGGCGCCACCCAAAUCACGUCCGCACGAUCGACACAAAGAACAGUAGCGAGGCCGCCAGCCGCAGCCGCAGCCACAGCCAAAUCGUUAGCGUGAGUCCGAAGAAGGCGUUAGCGCCGGAGUUGGAGCUGGCAGGCCCGGUGGCGGAAAAGGAGAAGCAAGCGGAGGAGCCGGAGAAGCAUGUGGAAUCGAAUAGAGAGCCGACGCCUGUUCACGACGACGCGCGUGAGGAAAUAAGCAAGGCAGCGGCAGCCAGCUCACCAGUGCCCCCGCCGCAGCCGUCGCAGCCUUUCGCCGUCCACACCCGGCCCUCCCCCGGCACCUCACCCACCGCCGCCACCGCCGCUGUGCACAAUGAGAGGGCACUCGCCGUCCCGCCUCGCGCGAGCGACUCCACGCGGAAGCCGCGCACCGCAACUCCUGCAAAGGUGAGGCGAAACACCUCGAGCGCCGAGCCGCGGUCGACGUCUAACCCACCAAGCCAAGCGAGCGGCGUAGCGGCAGGUGCGAAGAAGACACCGCGGGCGGUGCAUGCGAGCGGCGCUGAGGACGCUUCGCCGGCAGCUCCCGCCAAGGCGAAGACGACUCAUAAGGCGGCGAGUAAGUCGAGGGUGCCGGACCACACCAACGGCGCGCACCACGCCGCAACUCCCGCUGCUGCUGCUGUGGAAACGAACGUGGAGGAGCAGCACAAACCGGAAGAGAAGAAAGUGUCAGCACCGCAGCCUGCGGAGCAGCCGCCGCAGCCGAUGCAGCCGCCGCCGCAGAAAAUCCGAGAAGAACCGGCGCCGCCUGCCGACAAAACCCACUCCAUGGCCGCGAAUGAGGCAGCGGGGAAGAGGCAGAAGACCGAGAAGAUCGAGAAGGAUAGCGACGCCGAGAAGGAGGUCGAGUUGCCAGCGGCGCAGCGACCGCACACGAAGGCCGCGGCCACGUCCCCGUCUCAGCAGAAGGCCGCUCCUACCGCCGCUGCGGCGACAGAUGGAACCGCGGCGCAGGUUGGUGGCGACCGCACCGUUGCGGUGGCCGGCCCCGGCAAGGAGAAGACGGAGGACCAGCUGACGACGAAGCCGGAGCCGGAGUGGCACGUUAUUCCGUCUGCGGAGCCGGUGGAGCGGCCAUCGAUGGUGAACCAAAUGAAAACGGUGGUGAACAUGCGCAACCUGACGGCGAUUUAA